AUGGGUGAAUAUCUAAAAUCUUCGCACAAGGCACAGAACCUUGCUCGAAUCCGAGAUAAUCAACGACGGUCUCGCGCUCGCCGAAAAGAGUAUCUCCAAGAGCUUGAGGCCAGGUUGCGGAAUUGCGACCAAGCCGGCAUCGAAGCGUCGGCAGAAAUUCAAAACGCGGCGAGAAAGGUCCUCGAUGAGAACAAGAAGCUCCGUUCUCUGCUCUCAAAACAUGGCGUGUCUGACGCGGACAUCGUGGCGGCACUUGGUGGCCCAACAGUCAAGUCGUUUGAACAGGUCUCAGUAACAUCAGCUCUCAGCAACGCACUCGAUCGACGCAUAACCAAUAGUGUGGUAUCGUCUACGCCGCUACCGCAACAAGCAAGAGGCGCAUCGAUACCCGGACACUUGCCUUCGGUACCGUCACUCAGUAUCCCUCCCUCUUGUCCAGCUACAUUGAGCAGCUGCGAAUCUUUGAGUCCCACCUCCAUAGAGUCUAGCAUGGGCACACCUCCAGUCUCAUACCAUACGACGCUCUAUGCACCGAUAACCUCCCGAGGCCCUGAGAUCAAAGUGGAUUACGAUUACCGGUACGAGUCAACUCAAAACCCACCGUGGUCUUAUUCUCAAGCCUACACCAACGGUUCUGACUAUGCCUCUUGUUAUAAUACAUCGUCCUGCGUCGAUGCUGCCAACAUCAUAAGAGCAAUGCAUUCAGAUCCAGGUCCGAUGUAUCACGUCGAUCAACUCAGUCAGCCCUACUACAGCAACCACCACAUACCCUAUCCCAUCACGACUACGUAUCCGCAGCCGUACUCGGGGACGUGA